ACUAAUCUGUUUUUUUUUUUUAUUUCACAAUUGCAACUGCAUCUCUAUAUCCCAAAAUGUGACUUAAAUUGUACAUAUGACUUUAUAAUUCACAAUCUGACUCUCACUCUGACUAUUUCAUAAUUACUCAUUAAAUUGAAUCCUGAGUGAGUAAAGCUAUAGAAGCUCUGAUAAAGGGGGUUGACUUUUUUAUUUUUAUUUUUUUAUUGUCAUUACAUAAUUCAGUUAGCAUUGUAGAUGACUGUACCAUUAUUAUAAAAUGUGGAAAAACCGUAAUAACAAGGAAUGAUUAGGUGUGUCCAAUUUUUUUGGCUGGUAUAGUGAAUGUCAAGAAUGCCACCCAUGAGUCACAUAAUGUAUAUUGGUAGUAAUGGCAGUCUUGUUGAUUUGAGGUGCUAUAUGUAUAUUUUUGGCAGUUUUUCCUCUCUCUUUCAGUCAUUUUGCAAGGUUUCUCUUUUAUUAGCUGCUCUAACAGGAUCCCCCUUCCUGUCUUGGUUUACCCAGUGGGAGGGACCUGCAUUCAAGCACACGGUCACACCAACUUUGGCACAAAAACAACUUAAUUGCUAGUUUUCUAUUCACAAUGAAUACAUGUACAACAGAGGUUAAGUGACUGAGGAAACUUAAAUAUUCUCGCAAGAUGGUACAGCAUUUUCCCCCUAACGUUUUACAAUUUUUCUUUUGUUUAUUUCUAAAUCUGUACAUGGAAGUUAUGGUAAUUGUUGCUGAGGUGCAGCCCACCUUCCACACAGUUAUGGAUAUGAUUCGCUAGAAAUAGGCCUGCGAAUCUAAAAUGGUCCUUCUGAGGUUUGUUAAUAGACUAUCAGCAUAACAUGCUAAUUUGGUCACAAACUCACAGACAUGCAAACAUUUAAAGUAAGUACAAAUAAAACAAGAAGCUGUUUGUUCCAUCAAUAGAGGGAAGGACUGUGGAUGGGGGCGAAAAUGAGUCUUGAGAUAUUUAAGACAAUUCUUACUGUGGUUUAAAGAGAAGGAUGUCUUGCUUUUUUGGGAGUGAGGUUUGUGGUCACCUCACUGAAGAACCAUCUAUGUGGUUAUGCAGCUUCUUUUAGUUACUUGAAAUUGUGAAAAAAUGGAUAUAUUCAGGAAUUUAGAUCUUCCUGUGGCUUAGUGUUACAAAUUUGGCCAUAAAAAGUUUUAAGUGUGAGCAGAUCAAAAUGUACGUUGCACUAUCAAAUUAUAAUAGCGACUUAAUUUUUACUCUACAUUACAAAUACAUUACAAUACAUGACACACACACACACACACACUUACUUGUGCACACUAGUCCAUAACUGAUUACAAAUGACAUGAAAAUGAACAUUGUAGUUAGUAACAUAAUCUGAAUUACACAUAUUAGGUAACUUUUAAUUACUUUCAGAUUACUUGAAGUAAUUUUAUCACAUGGACUUGAAUGUGAAUAUUGUGCAUCAUAUUGAUGAUUAAAAAAAAAAAACAAGGACAAAGAAAAUAUUGAAUUAUAUGGAAUAACUCUAAACAUUUAGUAUUAUAAACACUAUAUUCAGAUGCAAAAACCUUGAAGUCCAUCAGAGGCUUUUUCUUUCAAAUGAGAUUAAGAUAUAAAUCAGUGUAUAUAAACCUUUAUAAAAAUUGCAAAUUCUAUACUGAAUAACUUUUUAAAGUCAUUCAAUCGUUUAGUGAAAACAAACGUAAAGAUGGAGACAUCUGUGGGAGGGAUGUUGGAGUGAUGGGGCGAGAGAGAGGGAGGAGAGGGACAGAGUGUAUGUUCAACUCUCUCCUUCAUUCAUUUUUCUCCAGUGCAUGACUGACGUGUCUUACGUGUGGCUGCUAGAAGCCUCACCUGUGUUCAAUCAUGAUUCGGGUCAUCUGUCCCAUGUGUGUUCUUCUCUUUGCGCUCCUCUUUGGGUGCAUGAGCGCACGUCCUGACUCACCAGGCCGAUCACGGCGUGCUCCUGCUGCCAAAGUGCGACUGGCAGGUAACAGCCAGAGAGAAAAUGAGGGACGAGUUGAAGUCCUGCACAACGGGACAUGGGGCACCGUAUGCGAUGACGAGGUCGACAUUAAACUCGCUGAUGUGGUGUGCAGGGAAUUGGGUUUCCAAAGUGGCUUAACAUGGGCACACAGUGCCAAGUAUGGAGAAGGAGAAGGCCCAAUCUGGAUGGAUAAUGUGAGGUGUGAAGGAACGGAGAAAACUCUGAAAGACUGCAAGUCGAACGGGUGGGGUGUUCAUGACUGCAAACACACUGAGGAUCUCGGGGUGAUCUGUAGUCCGGAGAGAAGACUAGACCAAGUGCAUCCUGGAGUCACCAGAAGAGGGCACACCAUUGCUCUCAGACCAAAUGUAGUCACCUCAAACCGUUGGCAGGACAUUUACUCCAGUUCAAGGACACCUGCACAUCUCAGACAAGGAAAUGGACAUUCCCAGGAUCAUACCAGUUGGGAUCAAUUCUCCAGACAGCAGUUUCAUAAUCCGUCUGCCAGUAGGGUAAGGAUCGAGGAAGUCCGUCUCAAGCCGAUCUUGACUGUCACAAAGAAGCACGCCCUUGUUACGGAGGGUGUGGUGGAAGUAAAGCAUGCUGGGAGAUGGAGACAGGUGUGUGAUAAAGGCUGGAGUCUGAACAGCAGCAGAGUUGUGUGUGGGAUGCUUGGCUUUCCUGAUGCGGAGCAGCCCAACAUGAACACCUACAAAAAAAUAUGGGAUAAGAAAGUCAAGGAUACAACAACCAGACUGAGUCAGAUGACCAAAAAGAAGGGAUUCUGGGUUGAGAAAGUACAUUGUCUGGGCACAGAGCCCAGCCUGGCGGAGUGCCAUGCCCAGCUGUCAAUCCCUCGGAGCCCCACCCCCUGUAAGAACGGACGCCAUGCAGUGGCCCGCUGUGUCCCAGGUCCACAGUUUGCUCGUAUGUCCUCUGGCAGACCCCAAGCACCUCACCCUGCAGAGCUGUCAGUGCGUCUGAAGGCUGGACCACGCCUGGGAGAAGGAAGAGUUGAGGUUCUCCGUGAGGGGAAGUGGGGAACUGUGGUUGACCACCGGUGGGACCGGAUCUCAGCUAGUGUGGUCUGUAGAGAGCUGGGCUUCGGCUCUGCCAAAGAGGCUCUUACCGGAGCAUACAUGGGUCAAGGGACGGGGCCGAUCCACAUGAAUUCAGUGCAGUGCACUGGCACAGAGCGCUCUAUUUUGGAGUGUUACUUCCAGGAAGUCCCUCCCUGGACAUUCAAACACAGCCAGGAUGCUUCUGUCAAAUGUUAUGUUCCUAAGACAGGCAUGGAGACUAUGGUGAGGGUUGGCGGGGGCAGGGUCCCGGCCGAGGGUCGUGUGGAGGUGCUAAUGGAGGUGGGGGGCAGAAAGCGUUGGGGGACGAUUUGCAGUGAAAACUGGGGAAUAAAUGAAGCCAUGGUGGUAUGCAGGCAGCUGGGCUUUGGUUUCGCCGCACGUGCCCAUCAGGACACAUAUUACUGGCAAGGUGACCCAGCGGCAGAAGAAGUAUUGUUGAGUGGGACUCACUGUGUGGGAACAGAAAUGUCCAUCCAGCAGUGCCGUCAAAAUAGUUACAUCCACUGCCCUCGAGGAGGCGGAGCUAAAGCAGCGGGUGUCACCUGUUCUGAAACGGCACCUGAUCUGGUUUUGGAUGCACAGCUCGUGCAGGAGAGCGCUUAUCUGGAAGACAGGCCUCUGCACCUGCUCACCUGUGCGCAUGAGGAGAACUGUCUCUCCUCCUCUGCCAGUCGUAUGCAGUGGCCGUAUGGGCACCGCCGUCUUCUGCGUUUCUCCUCCCGUAUCAUGAACUUGGGUAGAGCUGACUUCCGUCCACGAGCCUCAAGAGAGUCCUGGACCUGGCACCAGUGCCACAGGCAUUAUCACAGCAUUGAAGUGUUCACACAUUAUGACCUCCUCACACUCAACGGAAGCCGAGUGGCCGAAGGACACAAAGCCAGUUUCUGUCUGGAAGACACCUACUGCCCUGAUGGACUUCACAAACGCUUUUCAUGUUACAAUUACGGAGAUCAAGGCAUAUCGGUGGGUUGCUGGGACACUUACCGCCACGAUAUCGACUGCCAGUGGAUAGACAUCACUGAUGUCAGACCUGGAGACUACAUCAUGCAGGUUGAGGUAAAUCCGUCCCUGGACAUGGCUGAAUCAGAUUUUAUGAACAACGUCAUGCGUUGUCGAUGUAAAUAUGAUGGACACAGAGUGUUUAUGUAUGGCUGUCAUGCAGGUGAUGCCUACAGUGCUGAAUCUGAGGAUUUAUUUGAACAUCAGCGUCAGAUCAGCAAUAACUUCAUUUGAGCCUGUUAAAAAGAGGUGAGAGGAGAAGAUGUUAAUUAAUUGGUCCCGGAAAUGCGGAUAACAACCUGGGUGAAAGAAAAGAUUUUCUCAGCUGAUCUCAGAACAGUGUACCAGUAGCACCACAGAGUGGACAAGAUAUUGUAUGCUUCAUCACUUAACCAUUAGAGGGUUAGUUCACCCAAAUAUUUGAUUUGCUCAUUUUUUUUUUCUUAGUAUUUUAUAUUUGAAUUUUAGUUUUUGAAUAAAAUAUGCAAUAUGCAAUAAAUAUAGACUGGACCUUCAAAAAGUACACACAAAAUAUAUAGAUACAGAUGUGUGCACUAUUUUUAAGACACUGGAUAUCUGUAUUCCUCUCUUGAGUAUGGAUUUCAAUGAAUAAUAGUUUAAUUUUCAGUCUGUCUGUUCCUGACACACAUGGUUUUUUAUCAGAACACCUGGAAUAUACUUUUGUGAUAUGAAUGCACUAUUUGUAAUUUUGAAGUUUGAUAGUUUGUCCAAGUCCUUUUUACUUUCAUUUUACUGAAAAGAGUAGGUGGUAUAUUCCUUAGAAAUUCUCAUUUUUUGUUCCAUAGAAGAAAGUUACAGUGUCUCUUAAGGUCAAUUCACACUACACCGACAGACACUGGCUAAUGGCAACAGACACACUGGUCAGGUUUUGUCUGUUGGCCGCCUAUUGAACAUGUUGAAUCUGCAUUUGUCAGGUCUUUGAAUGUCUGAGAAAUUACAUACUGGUCAGUUGUCGGCGCUGGUCUGUGGUGCAGAUUGAAUUAGCCUUUAGUGGUCACUGUUUUACUAGUAGACUCUGUUUUCAGAUUAGUGCCCAGGGCUUUGGAAUGAGGUGGUGUGAUGACUGUGAUCCUUUUGCUGCUCCGCCAAACUCUUGCUGGCUCGGUUAGUUUGACAUUCAAUGAAAACCUGUGCGGCGGAGGCCCUUGUUCAGAGCUGCAGGAGUUAGUAAAUAAAGUCUGAAUUGUUCAGGAGUUAGUAAAUAAAGUCUGAAUCUGUAUUUUUGGGUGAACUUUUUCUUUAAUUAUCAUCCACUCAGUAACUAGGACAUUUAUUUCAGAGACUAAGUAGUUGUUGUUGACCAAAUGGUUAAAAAUUAAACAUGUGUAGUUCUUGGAACCAAGACUAGCAUUAGAAAAUAACUUUUUUUUUAAAGUCUACAUGCACCCAUACAUUUAUUUCCUGAUUCUAUAGCAAACAUAUAAUGUAUCGUUAUUCAAAAAAAUGCAUCUGCAGAAUGUUUUUUUCAUACCAAAAAAGAAAUCCAAAAUAUACUUUUCUUGACUAAUUCAUAUAACAUAAAAAUGCAGUGUGUUCACUUUUUCUGUUCAUUAAUUAGCUCUAUAUCUAAUUUCAAUUCUUCUGUUUUAAUUUAUGCACUUUAUUGAUGGACCUCUGUAUUCUGGAAGAGAUGGUUCAUUCACUACCAUCUUUCAAGACACACUUCUGUUUGUAUGUUUGUUUAUUAUUUGCCUCCUUUUUAAAUGUUUUUGCAACUUUUGAUAUAAAUAUAAAUUUUUCAGUUGACUUUCCUGAAUUCUAAAAGAUAACAAAGUAUACUGUAUAUGGUGAAGAUAAUUUAUUUAACACAUUGUUAAACAAAUUUUCUGGAUUAGAGUUUUGUUAGUUUCAUUAGUUUCAUAGUUCAUAGUGUUAAUAAAGGCUUGAUAAAUGGUUGACUGCUUUCAUUUCCAUUAACAUGUUUAAGGUAUGAUUUGUGGAUGAAUGGAAUUGGUUUUCUUAGUCUUGCAUGUACUUGAAGCUUUUUUUUUUAAUCUAUGAGUAUAAGGGAUACUAUGUGUAGUGUAAAGCAGUGAUGCUGGGAAUGAACAUUUAUGGACCAGAGCAUUAUAUCUAUUCUUAAAGUAUUUUAACCCUUUGUCUAUAAAUAGCAGGGUGGGGUGCGGUGGUGGUGGGGGGAUUUGACCUGUACUGUCAGUUUUUACUUUUUAAAACUUUUGCACAGUACGAGACACCGUAAUGGUUAUUGUGCAUGUGAUAAAUUUAUAUAUAAUUUAUUCCUACUGUUUACAUUGAUUCCAGUGAAUAAUCUGUACCCAUUUUCAGUUUAUAGAUAUCACUUACGUCAAUUUAUGUACUUUCCAUUUUCAUAAUAUAGGUGUUUUUUUUUUGUUUUUUUUAACAUUUGUAAGAUUAUAAAUAUGACUUAUUCCCUGUAUUGACUUCAUCCCUGUAUUGGAUACUUUAUUUUCAUCAUGUUACUCCUCAUUUAUUUAACCUAAGCUUUUAUUUAUGAUUUGCAUUUUACAGUAUGCUCUUAGUAUUAAUGGUGCAUUGAUCUCAGUCCAUA